UGAGCAUUGGAGAUUUGCAUCUCCAUCAAUUAGUCCAUGGUUGACAACAGUUUGAUUCGACAAUAUUAUGAAGAAAAUGAGGAGAGGAAGUAAAGUGAAAAAGACAGUAAAGGAGGUUACUGAAACACAAUCACCAAUUUUAUCAGCAGCUGGGAAAUGGAGAGGAAUGACGCUAGAAUCACCACUAGAGGAAAAACCAAAAGAAGAUGAUGUGCGUCGCAGGUUUUCAAUUGACGCAGAUGUCCUUAAAAAUAUUCAACACAAAAAUGGCUUAAGAAAAAAGAUGUCAAAGAUGGAACCCACAGUGGAAAAUUAUUAUGUGCGGAAACUUAAACCCAAAGAAAAAUAUAUGGCAAAGAAGACCGUGAUUGUAAUGAAACCAGUAGAGUCUGACUGCCAAGUUGCUGUUAGACCAAUGGAAUUUGUCAUUAAUUACACAGGACCAAGAUUUACAGAUGAUGGGAAGUUCAUACCGCACAGCAUUCUGGGAAGUCUUGAAGAUUUUCGAACAGAAGCUAAGAGAAGGGGAGAAAACCUUCAUCUGCUAAAGACCCAUUCAUCAGCAGGAGAUUUACCAAAAACAAGUAAAAAAUUGAAAGUUUGCAAUUCUCUGAAAAAGUGGAAUACAAGGAUAGAUGAAUGGAACAAAGCCCAGAACUAUCUUUCAAGUAAAUUACACAGACCAGUAGAAGAUUUAUUGAUGAGGACAGCUAACGUCUAUCCUGCCUGGGUUGACAGUAGGGUAGAAACUGUUCAGGCUUUAAAAGCUACAGUGUCUGGAUACGGUGAAAAACGAGUGAAUUCUCAGUUUUGGAAACAGCACAUAAAUUUUGGACAUGAAGAUGACACAGCUAUCUGGUCAACAUUGAAACAUAGUGAAACAGGAGACUGUUGUCCACAAGAGUUCAGACAAGUUCCAGACCUGAUUAAUUUGGAAAAAGACAAAGGAAAGAUAAUACCAGAGAGAUCAUACAAACCAUAUUACACAGACCAUCUUAACCAACAGAGGGAAAAUGUCAAAGAUGUGAUUCACAUACUGAAUCCACACCAUCCUGACCUUGCUGAUCUUAUGGUUCAAGGUAAAAGUCAAAGUCAGGAGACUUCAGUACCAUCUGUUCAAGAAGAGACAAGCCAAGGACACAUAACUCUUCAUCGUCCAGUUUCUAUGGCAAUAGUCAGGGAUCUUGAUCCUAGGAGUUGCAAAGGGCCAGCAUUAGCUAUCGGUCAGCAUAUAUUGACCUGGAAAAACCUUAUAGGAGAAAACCCUAUGCGACCAUUGACCUUGACCUUUAGAUCAAGACUAGGUCAGAUUCAAAUAAAGAAAAUACCACUGAUGAAUUAUGGGAGUACACAGCUGCGGUAUUAUUGGGAGAAAGUUCCAGUAGAGAACCCAUUUAGAUUUGUGAAGAGAAGACUUCAACAGUAUUACUUCUUCACAGAGGAUGGUAUUUUACCACCAGGGGGUGAUAUACAACUUCCUGUCAUGUUCAAGUCAGAUUUUCCUGGAAACUUUAAAGAAAGAUGGAAGUUAAAGACCCGUCCUGUUCUUUGUGGUGGAGCAGAUAUCCUCAUCAACUUUAAAGCCAUAGCUUCUGAGCCUAUAAUACAUCCUGAUCAUGUUGCAGAGAUUGAGAAAAAGUUUAUGCAGAAAGAAAUAGCAUAUAUUGUUAAUUCCUACAUACAAAAUAUCACUUCAAGGGUCGUGAUCCCUACAAGGUUAUUGUCACCCAUAGUAACAUACUUGUCACUAGAAGAAGAAUUUAGUCAGUCAUAUCCAGGCCUUUUCUACCACAGUGCUAAGCUUAAGCAGAUGGAGGAGUUGCAUGAUGCUGUUUGUAACAGUGAUCUCAUGACAAGGAAACCAGAGGCAUCUUUUACAGUUAAUAAUAUGAAGCAGGCAAUAUGUAUGCUGGAUUCAAUGGAGUUACCAUCUGCAGAUCAUGAUAAUUAUGAAGAGUUUUUACAACAGAAGUACACCAAACAACUUUUGCUAACAAAUGAAUACACUACUCUGACUACAGACAUGUCUUUUAAACAUCUUUCACCAUACACCAACAUAAACCUGCAGCAUAAUCAUAUAUGUCAACAAGUGCUUCAUGAGAUGAUAGAAAGUUUCACCCAUUCAGCCUUUAUAAUGGCUUACAAAACUGGUUUUCCUGUCAAUCCACUGGAACCAGAGGAAAAUAAUGAGGAAAAAAGAGAUAAAAAGAGCAAGAGGAGAAAUUCUAUACUACCAAAGCAAAAGAAAGGGAAUGAACAGAAGAAUACUUUAUCCCCCUCACACGGCAGGCAAAUGGCCACCUCAGCAUCGAAAAACAGAAAGAAAGGAGCUGCUUCCCCUCAGAAAGAUUCUAUGCCCCCUAUACCAAUCCCUCUCCCUCCACACCAUGUGGAAUUGGAAAGUUUUAGUCCACUUUUAGAAACAGCAUCGCCUAAACAACUAUCAAGUUACAGGGAAAAGCUAUACAUGCAGGGCUAUUCCAUGUUACAAGAGGCUAUAGAUAGAAUCGAAUCAAUUUUCAUCGACUUGGAUGAAACCUCACACAGGCAGAUAUAACAAUGGAUAUAAACACAAAAAUUGACUAUCUUGCAUGAAUAUGUGACAUAACUUUAACAGCUGAAGAAUAUUUACCUUGCACAGAUGUUAUACUUUUUUGAAUAAAAUAAAGUUCAUUCUGUAA